AUGCCGGGAAAAAGAAUUGCAGUGAUUGGUGCUGGUGUCAGUGGCUUAGGUGCCAUUAAGGUCUGUCUGGAGGAGGGACUGGAGCCCACCUGCUUUGAAGGAAGCGAUGACAUUGGAGGAGUGUGGAGAUAUGAGGAGAAGGCUAAGACUGGCAGGCCAAGUAUCUAUAAAUCUGUCAUCAGCAACAGUUCAAAGGAGAUGACAGCCUACAGUGAUUAUCCUUUCCCUGAUCAUUUUCCCAACUACUUGCCCAAUUCCAAAAUCAUGGAGUACCUCAGGAUGUACGUCCAACACUUUGGCCUUAUGAAGCACAUCCACUUUCUGUCGAAGGUGUGCAGUGUGAGGAAGCGCUCCAACUUCUCUUGCACAGGACAGUGGGACAUUGUGGUUGAGGCUGAAGGGAAGCAGAAAUGCUAUGUCUUUGAUGGCGUUAUGGUGUGUAGUGGCCUUUGUACAGAUCCCUUCUUGCCACUUCAUAAGUUUCCAGGAAUCAAGAGGUUCAAAGGUCAAUACAUCCACAGCAGGGAAUACAAGAGCCCAGAGAAAUUCAGGGGGAAGAAGAUCGUUGUGGUCGGCCUUGGAAAUUCUGGAGUUGAUUUGGCGAUCGAGCUCAGUCAUGUAGCUGCACAGGUGUUUCUCAGCACAAGGCGGGGUGCAUGGAUUUGGAGCCGGGUCUGGGAUUAUGGGAUGCCUAUGGACACUGUUCUCUCCACUCGUUUUAGCACUGUCCUCAACAAAUUUUACCCUUCAUUCUUAAUCAACAGAUUGGGAGAGAAUAGAUUAAACGCUCAAUUUAACCAUGACAUUUAUGGUUUGCUACCUCAACACAGCUUUCUAAGCCAUCGAGUUACUUUCGGUGAUGAUCUACCCAACCGCAUAAUUUCUGGAAGAGUUCUGAUAAAACCAAAUGUUAGAGAGUUCACGGAGACAUCGGCCAUCUUUGAAGAUGGCACAGAAGAGGACCUUGAUGUUGUUGUCUUCGCCACAGGAUAUACUUUCUCUUUCCCCUUUUUGGAAAAUGAUUCAACAGUUCUGGACAGCCAGUGCUCCAUGUUUAAAUUUGUCUUCCCUCCUCAGCUAGAGAAACCAACACUAGCUUUCAUUGGCAUCCUCCAACCACUGGGAGCCACAAUUCCCACAUCAGAACUCCAGAGCCGAUGGGCUGUUCGUGUCUUCAAGGGAUUGAACGAACUACCUUCGAUGAGUGUCAUGAUGGCUGAUGUAAAGAAGAGGGAAAAAAAGUUGGACAAAGAAUUGCUGAGUAAUCCUCAUAAUAAGCUCAGAGUGAAGUAUGUGGAUUACAUGGAUGAAAUUGCCUCUGAAAUAGGAGUGAAACCCCACCUAUUCUCACUCUUCCUGUGGGAUCCAAAGCUGUUUAUGGAAGUUUUCUUUGGACCAUGCACACCUUACCAGUACCGCCUACAGGGUCCAGGGAAGUGGGCUGGGGCCCGGGGAGCCAUCUUGACCCAGAGACAGCAUAUCAUCAAGCCCCUGAGGACUCGUGUCCUCACCUAUAACCAGCCUCUAUACUCGGUGCCAUUUUGGCUUAAAUGUGUCUAUGCAGUUCUCUUCCUCUUUGCUCUCACUUUGGUCAUUGUAAAAGGAUAA